AACGGCUCAACACUCCUCAGCUCAGCUCAGCUCGGCUCGGCUCUGAUGGAGUGAUCUGACCCGCAGGCCGUGUUUGAGGUGAUGAAGUGCGGAGCUCAGGCUGUUCGCUCAGCUCCUGCUGCUCCUCUGACUGUGGGAGCUCAGAAAUGGAGGGACGAGUCACUCCGCUCCAUCCAGCGCGCGCAGCGUUUAGUCCUUCAGUCCCACAUGGACGCGCUUCACUCGGCCGCGCGCUACCGGAGAGCGCCGCUGACCUCCACGUUCACAGACUAUGAAAGCGGGACUUUGAGUAAAAUCCGACCUAAAUCCACCGGAGCUACGUUACAUUCUUUAGGUAUGAAUGGACCAUUUCCACCACCUGCCCUGCGUGACCAAAGUGCAGAGGCUAGCAUUAGCAUGGCUGGUGAGUACAUGCGCAGCGUGAGGGAGGUAGAAGGCCAUUUACGGAGGACAGCAGGAAAGGUCACUCAAGAGGCAACUAAGCUGCAACAUCAGCAAGAGCGGCUGGAGAAACUGCUCCGGAGCUUCAGGAAAGCUCUACUUGUCAAUCAGCAAAGCACAGAUGGGAGGACUUUCAGGCCCUCUGUUAAGGAGACAGUAAAAGACGGAGCAGAUCUUCUUCUCUGCCAUGAAAAGAAGGGCUUGACUGAGCUGAAGCAGAAAUUGGAGACCAUGCUAAGAGACACAUUAACUCAACAGCAGGCCCUGGCUCAGAGCAGCAGACAGCUAUUGAACUGUGCUUUUGAAAGGUCCAGAGUAAUAGAGCUGCUCCCUCAACAUGGGUCGCCCUCAGCAACUGUACAUCACUCCCCCUCUCCCCUAUCCAUGAAACCUGACCCUUCUGGACCAUAUACCCCAGAGUGUAGAGAUGUGCUGGAGGCAUCAGCAGCUGUGUUGCACAAGUCUCAGCAGCUCAGAGAGAAUAUGAAACAGCUCAUGUGUGAUGCCAUCAUUAAGCAGACAACUCUACAUCACUCUGUCAAUGAGGGCCUACUGAAGAAAAUCACAGAAACUACUAAUCUGCAGCAUCAUCUAACACUGAGCUCAGCAGCUACCAGACAGGCCAUCUCCCGUCAGCAGAGACAGAUGCAGUGUGCCAACUAUAGUCAUGGCAGAGUUUUGGGCCCACUUUCCAGAGCUGACCUGUUCUGCAGAGAGAGGCUGGACAGGCCUGUGGUGCAGGUCUAUGAGAGACACCAAAGUUCAUGCCUGCCAGAGUCCAGUCUUCUAACACAGGGCAAUGCUAUGCUGAAGCAGCAUCUGGACUUUGCAGAGAAAGCUGUAGAAGACCUGCAGGUUGCUCGCUUGCAGUUGGAGGAUGACACGUGUUUGAAGCAGGCUGCAGCCGGCGUGGACUCUGCUGUUGUCCGGCUUCGAAGAAGACUUGUGCUUCCUAUGUGUGUCCAGGUGGCAAACGGCUAGAAAUCAGAACAUACACAUUAAACUAAAGUGGUGUGCAUCUAUCACUACUGGCAAACUUUCAUGUACAUCUGCAUGACCAGUAUUAUAUUGAUUAUACAGGAUUGAAUAAAGUGUACUCUGCUUGAGAACACUUAACCCUUA